AUGACGAAGCACAAGACGCGAUCUCUCCGCAGGAGUGAAGCACCGCUGUUAUUGUCCCGUGUCUGCUCCACCUGGAGAAAUGCAGCGAUUAAUACCCCUCAUUUAUGGAAACAGCUUGAAUUCCGGAUCCCGGAUCCCUUGGGGCUGUCCAUUUCUGUGGAUUUGGUUGAAAAGAUGAAAGUAUGGGUUGGGAGGGCAAGAGACCUUCCUGUCUUGCUGCGACUGGUGUUGCGAAAGCGAUAUAUCCCAGCAGCCGAGGCCUACUUCAGCUUGGAGGAAACGCUUUCACAGGAACCCUUAUCGUCGGUGUGUAACCUCGACAUAUCGAUACCCACCUCCGCCAAUCUAUAUCCCUCGUUUGAACGAGCAGACGGAUUCAAGCGCUUGGAGUCGCUUGUCGUGCGUUCUCAGAACAACAUCGACCCCACGGCCGAUCAAAGUCACCUAAUGCUCUUGCCCGGAGCCACAAUGCUUCGCCGAGCUGUGUUGCUCAACGUCAUUUCUCAACGGAUCUCCUCCACUCUCUUCCCUUGGAGCCAGCUCACACAUUUAUACGCUGGACACCAAGUGUCCGUUGAACUGUGGUAUCGCGUGAUGAGCUACUGUGUCAAUCUGAGGGUCGCGUCUUUUGGCAUUGUCGGCUGGUGGUCUGACUACAAUUUUCGCCCUACUGGGAAGUCAAUCCUGCUUCCUCAUCUCAGCAUCUUGAAUAUCAUGCAUGACCAGUGUAGAACCCUGACUUCUGACGAGUCUGAAUUCCCAUUCAGCGGUCUUGCCCUUCCAGCCCUGAGCACUCUCCGAUUUGUGGCGAAUGACCUCUUCACUCAGGCCUGGUCAGGUCUCAGCGAUUACUCCCAGCUGCACUUCCUUCGAGAAUUUGCGCUUAUUAGGUCAUUCGACCUUCCAUCAACUCAUUUACAAGACCUUUGCAGAUUAUUCGAAGCUACACCGUUCUUGUCAUCAUUACAGCUAUCGAUACAAACACCCUAUGAUGUCCUCUUUGCCAAUCUUUUGCCCACCGCUAAACCAUCACUUCUUCCAAAUCUCGAAAAUCUUGAAAUUCAUUGCACUGGGAUCUGGAGAUACGGGCAGCCCGAAGACUUUCCACCUCUGUUUGUAGAUCUAAUUAAGGCACGGUGGUGGAUUCCUGCGUACGACUCCAGAAAAACUGUCCGUUUACAGCAAGCUGUCUUGGAUUUCAAAGGAAUGGGCGAGGCUGAAACUUACCUGGCUAUUAUCCGAAAAUCGUUACAGCCUUGUGUUGACGAAGGACUCAACCUUCACUUGGGCGAUGAUCUAGACGUUGGAGAAGACCCCAUACAUGUCAUGCCUUUUUCCAACGAUACUCACCACUGGCAUGAGGAUUUGAUUGACGGAGGUGCCAUUCACUUCGGAGGAUGUGAAACAUGUUUUGAGCUACCUGAGGCUUCCCCUCAAGAGAGUCAAGACCAUCAAGACCUGAUCGGUACACGAAUGAUCGAUGAUACGGCCCUGAUGCUACAGGUUGACCUCCCAGCCGACAUUCACGAGUACGCCAGGUCCAGUUACGGUCUUUCGGACGUGGACCUCAACAGAAUAGCGUCCUACAUCGAAGAAUGUACCAAGAACCUCGCUUGUAUUGAGAAACAGCUGGCUAUAGAGCUGGAAAUCGAGCGACCGUGGCCGAAUCACAUCCGCGCAGACCUGCGGCUAAGGAAGACCACGGAGAUCAGAAGGAUAAGGAUUUGCAGGCAGAUUGGGGCGCCUAUCCGACGACUUCCCCUUGAGAUUCUUGGGGAGAUAUUUACGUUCUGUCUGCCCCCCGUGAUGACGAAGCACCGGGCGCGAUCCCUCUGCAAGCGUGAAGCGCCGCUGUUAUUGUGUCGCGUCUGCUCUUCCUGGAGAAACGCAGCGAUAAAUACGCCCCAUUUGUGGAAAGAGCUUGAAUUCCGGAUCCCGGAUCCCUAUGGACUGUCCAUUCCUGUGGAUUUGGUUGAAAAGAUGAAAGUGUGGGUUGGGAGGGCAAGAGACCUUCCUGUCUUGCUGCGACUAGUGUUGCUAACUUGUCGAUACAUCCCAGCAGCCGGGGCCAGCGUCAGCCUGGAGGAAACGCUUUCACAGGAACCCUUGUCGUCAAUGUGUAACCUCGACAUAUCGAUACCCAUAUCCUCCGAUCUAUUUCCCUCGUUUAAACAAGCAGACGGAUUUGAGCGCUUGGAGUCGCUUGCAGUGCGCACCUAUAGCACCCUCGACACCACGGUGGACCAAAGCCACCUUAUACUCUUGCCCGGAGCCUCAAUGCUUCGCCGAGUUGUGUUGAUCGACGUCAUUUCUCAACGGAUCUCCUCCACUCUCUUCCCUUGGAGCCAGCUCACACAUUUAUACGCUGGACACCAACUGUCGAUUGACCUAUGGUAUCGCGUGAUAAGCUACUGCGUCAAUCUGAGGGUCGCGUCUUUUGGCAUUGCCGGCUGGUGGUCUUACUAUGAUAUUCUCCUUACUACGGAGCCGGUCCUACUUCCUUAUCUCAGCAUCUUGAAUAUCAUGCAUGACCAGUUUCCUGACGAUUCUGAAUUCCCAUUCAGCGGUCUUGCCCUCCCAGCCCUAAGGACUCUCCGAAUUCUGUCGAGUGAUGCCUGCACUUGGUCAGGUCUCAGCGAUUACUCCCAGCUGCAUUUCCUUCGGGAAUUCGCGCUGAUUGGGUCAUUCAACAUAUCUCCAACUCAUAUAGAAGACCUUUGCAGAUUAUUCGAAGCUACACCAGUCUUAUCUUCAUUACAGUUAUCGAUACAAACGCCCUAUGAUGUCCUCUUUGCCAAACUUUUGCCCACCGCUAGUCCAUCACUCCUUCCGAACCUCGAAAAUCUUGAAAUUCAUUGCAAAAUCUGGAACUACAUGCAGCCCGACGAAUUUCCACCUCUGUUUAUAGAUCUGAUCAAAGCGCGGUGGUGGAUUCUUUUGCAAUCACAGGCACCAUACAACUUCAGAAAAACGGUCCGUUUACAGCAAGCUAUCUUGGAUUUCAACGGAAUGGGCGAGGCUGAAACUUACCUGGAUAUUAUCCGAAAAUCAUUACAGCCUUGUGUUGACGAAGGACUUGACCUUCACGUGGGCGAUUGUCCAGAAGGAGCAGAUCCUAUACAUGUUAUGCCUUUUACCAACGAUAUUCAGCACUGGCAUGAGGAUUUGAUUGACGGAGGUGCCAUUCGCUCCGGAAGUUGUCAUGCAUGUUUUGAUUGA